AUGUAUUCUAGCACCGUGCCGGACAAUAGUGGAGGUUUGUUCCAUGCGGACCAUACUGCACGUGCCAGCUAUCGGCGAGAGUUCGAGGAGAUGGAAAGCCGCAUACGAAGGUGUGAACGUCAGCGGGCAGAAUUGGAACGCCAGUUCGAAGAUCUAAUGCGCGAAAGGGCGGACUGCGAAAAGGCGGCCGUGAGGGCAAUGAGGCAACGGCAACGACGCCAGAUGGAGGUAGAAAGGCAGCGGGCGGAGCGUAACGAAAGUAUCCUUCGGAUGUUAAACAAAAUCGAUCAACAGGCGGCCUCGUUGGCUGCUAAAACGGAUCGGCUGAAGAUGUUAAAGACGCAGUACGAGAUGUAUCUGAUGCGUACCUGGUCGACAGCACCGCCAGCCUUACCAUCGUACAGUGUUCCGAUGAUUACUGCACCCCCAGUAGUGCAUACGAAACUGCCCCAGAGCCCUCAAAAAUCAGAAUUUGUUCAAUACCUUAGCGAACUGACGCAUCAACAAACGGCCAGCAUCAGUUCCAUUCCACCUCCGACGGCUUUAAGUAAUUAUCUAGCUUCGCAGCAGAAACCAUUCGUGCCGGCAUCAUCCCAUGGUGCUGGAAUUCCCCAAGAGCGUCCAUAUUCGAGAGCGUUUAACAGUAAUGCUGGUGCACAGGACGAUCUAACGAUGGUGCACUAUGGAGUUAAUUCGGCGCAAAUGACCCUCGGUGGUACAAAGGCAAAUAAGUUUGAGAUGUCGAACGAAGAUUUUAUCCGCUACAUUGACAGUGAGGUGCUGAAGGAUCCGAUUCCGAAGGUUAGCAUCGUUGCUCCCUCGCCAGUAGUAGAGGAGGCUGAGGUGAAACAGGCCGGAGAGCCAUACCUGGAAGAUGCCAUAAUGAGUGAAGAUGAACCGGUUGGAGAGUUGUCGAACAAGAUGAAGGAGUUCAGCAUUAAGGCGGAUGCCGAGGCCAAGAACGAUACACUGAACAAUUCUGCUAAAGGUCCGGCACAAGGUGAAUCAAAACAAUUGGACGAGGUUAUGGAAAAUGCUCUUGAAUAUUUAGCGUCAUCUGAGACGAUCAUGCCCGAAAAUGAAGAUCACUCCUUCAAAGAACAAUCGUUGGUUGAAGCAGAUAAAGACGAUCGUGAAAAGAUUGUAGAAACGAACUCUCAAAUAGAACAUGCAAAGCGAGAUAAUGUUGAACAGGAUGUCCAGGAGUUGCAGGCCAAUUUCAUUCAGCCUGAAAUGAACAUUCCAUACGAUGAUGCAGAGAUCGCACCCGUAAUAGCGGAAAAUUCACAUGGAUUGCACAGCACAAUGCGUCAAGAAGAUUUCAGCGCUGCUAACGACGUAAUGUACGAACCAUCCGGCGAAUCUAAUGUGAAUUAUCUCCAAGAAACUCAACGAACAGAUGAAAAUGUUUACAAUCCGGUACAAACCGAAGAAUCAUUGUAUGACAAUCAGCAGUACAGUACCUCGAAUGAAGUAUCUCAACCUGAGCCUGCUCCAGAACUCAAUGCUCAACAGCUUCAGCAACCAACCCUACAGUCUGGAACAAGAAACCAACAUUGGACUACUGCAAGACAAGCCUUGCGUUCGAAAGCAUUCCCUGGAGCUACCUCCAAACCGCCGUCACCAGAAACGGAUCUACACGGUCAAACCGGUCAGCAAGUUGCCCAGCAUGGAAUAGUAUCAGCUGUGCCCGAAGAAAUCAGCAACAGCGAUCAAGCGGUUGUACAGAAUGAUGCUUCAGUGGCUGAGUAUCCUGCGUAUUCGGUAGAGUCAAACGAUCCCUACUACCAAACGGAUGUCAGUGGCGGGGCUCAUCAAUCGACGGAACAAAUGCAGGCACCUGUUAGUCAAGGUUUUCAUAAUGAUGCGAUGGGACAACCGGUAGAAUACCAACAAGAAGAUGUACAACAAUCAGCUGCCUAUCAGUACGCGAGCCAGCAGGAAGGACAAUACGUUGAAGGGGAAGCAGGAGAGUCUCAGUAUCAGUACCAGGAAGCUAUCGAUCCAACAGCCAGUUCUUACGCAACCCAGGAAGGAUAUCAAGAUCCGAAUCAGCAGUAUCAGUAUGAUGAAAACGCACAGUACUACAACGAUCAGCAAGCUUACGAUGCACAGUACUAUAAUCAAGAUCCGCAACAGCAACAGCAACAGUACUACAUGGACGAGUCUAAUCAACAGCAGGAAGGGCAGUAUGAGCAACAGGUGGGUCAAUCCCAAGACCACCCGCAACAGAUCCCAGCAACAGAUCAAUAUCCUACUGCAGUUGAACCAAACGAUCAAACAGUGUACUAUCCUUCCGACGGGCAGUACGAGCAAACUGCUCAUAAUCCCGAACAAUUGGAACCGCUGUCAAGCGCUACUACUGCUGCUGCCGGUGAUCCCGCACAAGUGGUUGACGAACCAAAACCAGUUGAGACAUCGGCCGCUAUCGACACCACGUUGGUAAAAGAUAAACAAGAGAAGAAAGGUACCGAGGCUUCGCCGCAACAGCCAACGGUCGAACAGAAGCCCUCCGCCAGAAAGGAAGCACCGGAUCCGGGAUCGGAUGUGCCAACCUUAAGCACCGUUAACGAUGAAAGUGAUUUCGAUUUCUCCUCACAGUGA